CUCCUUCAUUAAUUUCGCUCCGCUGCCCUUUUCGCUUUCCUCACUUCCAUUCACUGCCCGUGCCUAUGUGCCUUACCACCUUUCCUAACGUAUUUGUCUCGCUUGCUGCCCACGUCCUUCAUGGCUGCACGUCCUAAUACUUCCAUAUAGAUCAGACUCCCCAAAUAAUCCUUGGACCCUAAUCCUCGCCUUGUGAGACAGCGAGAGGACCUACAAGUGGAAAGCGGGUUGUCGGGGCGCAUACACCUGUCAGGUACAAACAUACAUACCUACCUGGGUACUUUGAUCUCCAGUCUCGUUGGCGAAACAGAGUUCCCAGCACUCUCUGUUUGUCGAAAAAAAACAAAAGAACAUCAAGAUCGACCGUCCCGCUUCUUCCCUCGGCCACCACUUCUAGCGACACCAGUCAAAGAAAAGAGGCACCGUUGUCACCAUCUUCUUCCCUCCGACGGCCUUUCUUUUUCUUCCAUUUUGGUCUCACAAUGCGCGCCGUUUAAUACUUAAUACCACCCGCUAUUACUCAACGUCAUCACGACUCAACACCCUCGAUAUCGACGACAUAGGCUUCGCCAUCGACACUCGAUUCGCUUCCGUGGUUCUCGUUCAAUCUUCGAUUCUAGUCGACACUUUUAGUUACCAUGGUUAUGGAGGGCAUUCUGUGCGUGCCCCCCGAUAGGGGCCCCAUCAUUGGGAGGGCGGUUUGGAAGCCUCGCUACGUCGUUCUGGGAAAUGGGCUACGGGAACCGCAAAUACAGUCUGGCCUGGGCCGAUCACAGAGCAACCGAAGCUCUACGCCAGCCCGGAUGCAGAUCAAGGUGUCUCCGGAUACCAUGUAUCUUUCCAUCUACAAGUCCAAGGAGGAUUGGGAGCCAGCAUUGCAAGUCGCUGUGUCCUUGAUAACCGACUGCCAGGUACAGAUGCUGGCUCACCGCAAGCAAGGGCCCGUACUCCCAACGAUGGUUGUCAAUGUCGCCCCUGAUCCCGCUGCUGAGAAGAUGCGCAAACGUCGUUCGAGCAGGACCGCCGGUCUAACCACCGGGAAGGACUCGAUUCCUUCGACACUGCUGUUUCGCGCAGGUGAGGAUAGCCAAUCGCACCCUUCGCUCCACGAAUGGGCUCGCUUCAUCCAACAGCUUAUCCGCCCGAAUGUCGUCCCAGAGGGGCAGGCUGCCCAGCCCCCUUUGAGUCCCAUCACCCCGGCCUCGCCAAGUUUUGUCAACCCGUUUUCACCCCGAUCCGGCGAUCAACAACAUAGACCAAGCAGCGGGAGCGCAAGCUCGCGACCCAGUUUUCACCCCAUGAAUUUUGCACCAUUAUUCACCAGCCGCGAGCGCCCUGUCACUCUAGUCGAUACCCCGAGUCUACACUCCAAGCGCAGCGAUGUGUCGUCGCAAACCAGCUCCAUGAACCCAGGCUUGGGGCAUCAGCAUUAUACGGCCAUGUUCCCUACCGAUCUUCCAUCACCGGCUACCACUAUUGGUGAGUACCAGGGCGAGUUUAUCGAGGGCUGGACUUCCGCUCAGGGGAGGUCUUCCACACUGAGCUCACCCGUAAGAGGACGUGACAACAGCGUGGGUUCUCAAUCACCAGCGCCGCUUCCGCACCAGACGCUCGACCCCACUUCACCCCCAGGCCCUCGGGAGACCAUACUGGAUAGAGCCUUCCAAAUGCGCUGCAUUCCAGGAUCGGAGCGCGAUGUCCCAGGAGAAGAGAAACUAAGCUCGCUGGCUCGUUUCGAUGCAUUGAUGCGAGAAUUGGAUGACAAGAGGAAGAAGCGCGAGGCGGAUGAAGCUAGGAGCAGAUCCGCCACACUUGCAACCUCAGAUCCUGCGACAGAACGACCUGGACUUAAAAGUGCAUGGGAUGUGGCCGAAGCUUCGAGCCCGGAGGAGGAUAUCGACGAAGAGGACGAAGACAGUGAUUUGCCUGAGGUUGAGCGUGACUCGGAGGAUGGCUUCAUGAUUCCAUCCUCUACUCGAAGAGCACUGGAGUUCAUCACGGGAAGGAACGAGCUGGCUUCGCCACAGAAGCAGUCCUCUCGCCAACCGAUCCGGGUUCCGUUGAUGUAUAACGCGGACGCAUUGAACGCUUUGUCAUCAGGAAGUGGUGGCAGUUCCUCUCGACCACAGACCGGUUAUUCUCACAGGUCUCGUCCAUCCAUUGGCGCAAGAACGCAGUCACAACCUCAAAUGACGGAAAUGCUUGCUGCUUAUGGAAGCCCACUAAUGGGCGUUCUUGAAGGACACUCGGAGACGUCGUUUGAAGAAGGUGAUAUAGCUACUGCGAUGAACUCGACUGCGGCGACGCCGCUUCAGCAUAGCCACCGUCACUCGACGUCGAGCGGCAAGCGCCUGAGCUUCAGCGAUUUCACCAAACGUCUCAGCAGCACCAGUAGCUUGCUCCUGGUCCAGACCAAUAACAGCCCCGGUAGCAGUCGUGGCAGCAGCAACAGUGAGGCCGACAGCACACAGGUUCAACCUCAACAACGACCACCGUCACCGUUGCAGGGCGACAAGAUGAUCCCUCGAAGCGCUGGCUCGCCGCCGCAACGUUCGAUCGACCGAGAUGCUUUGGACAAGAGAUGCGGCUGGCGCGGCAGCGUUGGGGUGUUUGGCGGUCCAGAGGGCGGUUUCCUUUAGAAGAGGGCUAAACGGCGCCCUUUUGUACCAAGUGCCACCUCGUCAACCGCUGCGAUCUCGCUUGUGACAAGUAAGAAGGAGCGGAAGCUGUUUAAACCAAGUUCUUGGCUCGGACUGGCUCGUUGAGCUUUGCCCCCAUUCCUGGACCUUCACCUACGGGCAUCACUUGUUGCUGGAGUCUCUCAUCACAGUCCGCCCAACUCUUAUUUCAAACGCAUGGCUCUAUCAAUUCUCUCUCCAUCGUCAAUAGUUCGUCUUGGCAUCUACAACAACUCGUAUUUAACGACUUUUCACGAUCGAGCAAAACUCAACAUUACCAUAUCAUAUCUGCACAAACCGGAGUUGGGAGGGCCACACGGGCAUCUGGCGUUAGACAUCAUCAUCAUCAUCAUCAUCAUCAUCAUCAUCAUCAUCAUCAUUAUGAUUAGCUUAUCUUUUUCCUGCUUUCAUGCUUUGCUUAAUCCACAUCACAUACACUCUGAAGGCGUCCCCAUUGGGAAGACAUGACUUACGUCUUUUGGAAAGAAGAAGAGGAGAAAGAAACGAGGUGGGGGCAAAUAAAGCCAAAGAAGUUGGGUACGGGAGUUUUGGGGAGGACGAAAUGGGGGAAAAGUUAGAGGACGGCUCGUUGUAGGAGAGCAGGAGGGCUCAUGUAAUAUGAGCAACUGGGCCAAUAUGCCGCAAUGUAUAUAUAUUCACACGAACGACUACAAAAUUGACAUUACUGGAC